CGUAAGUAUUUCUGAUCGUUUGAAGUUGCAGAGUUUAUCAGAACAUCGAGCCAAACCUUAAUUUUUUUUAUCGACCAGCGGAUCUUCGACAAAUUUAAGCAGAAUAUUUUGUACCGUUUUGCAAACACAGCUCAAGAAGUGUGCCGAAAGAAACGCGACAACGCUGUCUCCCUUACAAGCGCAAGUCCCUUUCAAUUGAUUAUUACUCAAUUAUAAAAUUUGUUCGAAAAUUAAUAGUUUCAGUAAAAAAUUUCCACUUCACAUUGAUAUUAUACAUAAACAAAAUUAUCCACUCAUAAAAUUGCUCAUCCUCCGGAUGUAGAUAUCAUUGCUGAAAAAUAAGCAGAAACAUUUCAGUUCACCCGCAUAACCGUCCUAGUUCUUCUUAUCGAGAUUAUUGAACGCUCUGACGCCCGCGCAGUGGUUGUCCUUCUGCUAUGUCUACAAUUGUUGAACUUCGAUGAAACCAUCAGUGAAUAAAGUGUGAGUGCAAUUCGAAGAAAUGUCUGGUAACGUUGGGAUGGAGCAGCUUAUUCCUAUCGUGAAUAAGCUGCAAGAUGCGUUCACUCAGCUGGGGGUGCAUAUGAGCUUGGAUUUACCCCAAAUAGCUGUUGUGGGUGGACAAUCAGCAGGAAAGAGCUCUGUUCUCGAGAAUUUUGUUGGGAGAGAUUUUCUACCUAGAGGUUCUGGUAUUGUAACCAGAAGACCUCUGAUUCUUCAGUUGAUCAAUGGAAAUGCAGAAUUUGCUGAAUUUCUUCACUGCAAGGGAAAAAAGUUCGCAGAUUUCGAUGAAGUACGAAGAGAAAUUGAGUCAGAAACAGAUCGAAUUACUGGAAGUAAUAAAGGAAUUUCGAAUAUUCCCAUCAACUUGAGAGUAUAUUCCCCUAAUGUGCUCAAUUUAACACUCAUCGAUUUACCUGGAUUAACCAAGGUCCCAGUCGGAGAUCAACCAAUAGAUAUCGAACAACAGAUCAAGGGAAUGAUAAUGCAAUUUAUCAAAAGAGAAUCAUGUCUGAUUCUUGCGGUAACUCCAGCCAAUACCGAUUUGGCCAAUUCGGACGCUCUGAAACUGGCCAAAGAAGUUGACCCCCAAGGUAUUCGAACCAUUGGCGUCAUCACGAAAUUGGACCUUAUGGAUGAAGGCACUGAUGCCAGAGACAUCUUGGAGAAUAAGCUCCUGCCACUUAGAAGAGGUUAUAUCGGUGUGGUGAAUCGAUCCCAGAAAGAUAUCGAUGGAAGAAAAGAUAUUAAUGCUGCAUUGGCUGCAGAGAGGAAGUUUUUCGUUAGCCAUCCUUCUUACCGCCAUUUAGCUGACAGGUUGGGAACACCUUAUCUACAAAGAGUACUGAAUCAGCAACUAACCAAUCAUAUAAGGGAUACCCUGCCAGGUUUGAGGGACAAAUUGCAGAAGCAAUUGCUAACACUUGAGAAAGAUGUCGAACAGUUUCGUCAUUUUAGACCUGAUGAUCCCUCCAUCAAAACUAAAGCCAUGUUGCAGAUGGUCCAGCAGCUCACAACUGAUUUUGAACGUACCAUUGAGGGGUCUGGUUCAGCCGAGAUCAACAUCAAUGAACUAUCAGGCGGUGCAAAAAUCAAUAGGCUUUUCCAUGAGCGUUUUCCAUUUGAAAUCGUUAAGAUGGAAUUCGAUGAAAAAGAAUUACGAAGGGAAAUCGCUUUUGCCAUCAGAAACAUUCACGGUAUACGAGUUGGGCUGUUCACGCCAGACAUGGCCUUUGAAGCAAUCGUUAAAAAGCAAAUUGGAAGGUUGAAAGAGCCUUCUUUGAAGUGUGUUGAUUUGGUUGUGACCGAACUGUGCAACGUAGUUAGAUUUUGUACCGACAAGAUGGCACGUUUUCCACGUCUUAGAGAAGAAGUUGAGAGAAUAAUAACCACUCAAAUAAGACAGCGAGAACAAGGUUGCAAGGAACAAAUAUGUCUCAUUAUAGACUGCGAAUUGGCUUACAUGAAUACAAACCAUGAAGAUUUCAUUGGUUUUGCAAAUGCCCAACAGAAAACUGAGAAUUCUUCCACUACUGGAACACGCGGAGCCUUAGGAAACCAGGUGAUAAGGAAAGGUUUCAUGUGCAUCCACAACUUGGGAAUAAUGAAAGGAGGAUCAAGAGACUACUGGUUCGUUUUGACAUCCGAAAGUAUAUCUUGGUUUAAGGACUCGGAAGAAAGGGAAAAGAAAUUCAUGCUACCUUUGGAUGGUCUGAAACUAAGGGAUAUCGAACAAGGUUUCAUGUCUAGAAGGCAUAUCUUUGCUUUAUUCAAUCCAGAUGGAAGGAAUGUUUACAAGGAUUUUAAACAACUAGAGUUAAGUUGUGAAACAACAGAUGAAGUCGAUUCAUGGAAAGCAUCAUUUUUGAGGGCUGGUGUGUAUCCAGAAAAACCUACAGAUACACUUAACGGUGAAGAAGAGCAAACUGCUGAUAAUACCCUCAGCUCCAUGGACCCACAAUUGGAAAGACAAGUAGAAACCAUAAGAAACUUGGUCGACAGUUACAUGAAAAUAGUAACAAAAACCACCAGAGAUCUUGUACCAAAAACAAUAAUGUAUAUGAUUAUAAAUAACAUAAAAGACUUUAUAAACGGAGAAUUACUAGCUCAUAUCUAUGCCAGUGGAGACCAGGCGCAGAUGAUGGAAGAAGCACCAGAGGAGGCUCAGAAAAGAGAAGAAAUGUUGCGGAUGUACCACGCUUGCAAGGAAUCCCUCAGAAUCAUUGGAGAUGUGUCCAUGGCCACUGUUUCGACCCCUGUGCCACCCCCAGUUAAAAACGAUUGGUUAUCGAGUGGUUUUGAUACGCAGGGCAUAUCUCCUCCAAGUCCAGGAGGACCACGAAAAAUGGCACCACUGGGCGCAGGGCCUGGGGCGUCUAGAGCACCUCCUCCACCACCAGCAACAGGGAGACCUGUGCCUUCGAUUCCGAAUAGGUCUAGUGGUGGUAUUUCAAGGCCACAAGGUCAAGCGCCACCAAUACCAAUGGUUCCAAACAGGGGCAACCAACAGCAAUCAGGAUUCCAGGUACCUCAGCAGGUGCAAAUGGCGGUUGGAAAAGCAGUCACUGAUGCAGCUAUCAGUCAAUUUAGUAAUCAAUUUAGCAAUGCCUUCAAAAUGCACAAGUGAACUCUCAAUUUUAUAGUAUGAGCAAUAUUAUUAGCAAGUUAAAGAUAAUACUAAAUGUGAAAAUUAAUUCCACAUGAGAAUUUAUUGAGAUUUAGGUAGACAUAGAAGACGAAAAAUUCGAACGCGUCAUAGAGAAACAAUAAGGAAUGACAUUAAGAUCGAAAGCUAUUCUAUUCGUCUUUAUGAAUUCUCAAUCGUGCAUCCAUAUCUUAUGAAAACUAAUGGUAAUAUCAUAUUUGAAUGUAAAAAUAAGAUAACGCCAAUGAGAAACAAACUGCUGCAUGUAUUAUAUCCAUGGGCACAUUUUUAUAAAGGGUUGACGGCGUGUAAAGGUGUCCAGACACUACAAUGUAUCCUUGCCAUAGGUUUGCUCAUAAAUGUUUAUAUACCAACUACUACACCUGCAGCAAAAAUCUGUAAUUAAAUUUGGUUGUGUGCAAGUAGAAAGAUUGAUAAAUCGAAAAAAAGCUUAAAAAUUAGAUGCAUGCUGUCGCCCGGUGUCAUUGAGCCUUUAGGAAACUUUCGAUGUGCUUUUAUACAUAUUUUGCGAUUUCAAAGCUAUAUGCUGAAAAUCGACAAUCUAUUUUGAUGGUAUGAUUUCAACAUAUCUGAGUUUCGCAUCAUCAAUAGGGAAGAACAUAGAUGUUCGCUGUUAUCAUAGAGAAAAAAUAAAGAUACCUAUUAAAUAACACAACAAUUCGAGAAGAUUUUCCGUAGAGAAAACUGAUUUGAUUGUUGCUCAUUAUUUACGCUAAUUAUACGUAUGCCUAACACACCAUUAAAUUAGAAAAAAUAUUUACUUUUGAGAGGAAAUUUUUUUUUCUAGUAAUAAGGUAUCCUACUUCAGAAACGCCUAUUAUUGCAAUUUUUGAGAGAUAAAAUUCAAAUUUCAUCUGCGUGUAUGAGGCCUUUCAGUGUUAAAAAUAAGGUCAAUAUAGAAUAUAAAUGGUUCAUUCGAUGAGGAGAACACAAGUAGAAACGAACAUGCAUUCAGAAAACUAUUGGAAAAGUUGUUUCCAUGUAUGUACCUUCCCAUUUGGUCGCCAUGAAGUUUUCUGCUGUGUUCAUUCGAGUAGUUGUAUUUUAGGUAUCGAAUGGCCUCAAAAUAUUUAUCUUUUGUAGAUAUAAACUCGAGGAGUUAUAAUUGAGUAUUUAGCCCCUCAACCAAAUAUUGGAAGAGAUAGUUGAAAUGUAAAUUUAUUCUCAGGAAUCCAAUUGAUUUGUUAUGUGGAGAAUCUAAUCGAUUUUCUCUUAUUUGUAUAUAUAAAUAUCCUGUAUAUGUUUGAAGUUUGUAAUUUUGUGCUGAAUACUGGGGAGGUGGCCAGUAGAUUUAAUUUCAGUGAUUUAUGAAUUUCAAACUGACUCAUUCAGAAUAAAAUGGGGAAGAAAACAAUUUUCAAAUUGAAAUUAUUUAAUUUAAAAUAAAUAUUUUAUUUCUUCCUGAAUGAAUCAACAAAAUUAAACAAAUGUAUUAUAUUUUAAAACCCAAUUAGUACCUAUCAAUUAUGCCGGUAUUCAGCACGCCAAAAUUUCGCAAUAAUUCUCUCUAAUUGUUGAAGAAACUUAUUAUAAAUAUAUUAUAGUAUUUGUUGAUAAUUAUUAUUGAUUAAUAUUAUUAAUGUAUAUUUCAAUCCAAAUAAUUAGUCAUGUUAUGCUACCGUCUCAAACGUCAACAAUGCAAGAAUAAUAAAGAAAAAACCCAAAUUGAAAUGGAGACAAUUCCCAGUAAAUAAUAAAGUGAAUUAAAUAGAAA